CAGGAGUAGCAGUGUGACUGUGUGUAGGGGGUGGAGAGAGGGGUGCCCCACCACGGGACGCCCCGCCGUCCGUGUUCACGCGCACGCGGCAGCUCAAGCGCGCGAGCUUUCACAUCACGAAAUCCUCGCGCGAGUGCAGGACGUCCGAGGAUCUGAGGAGAUCAAGUUUUUACCGUCGUUACCCUUACUUUUACACUUGUUUUGUGGUUUGACCGUACAAUGUGAGGUGAAAUGGCUGGAACAAGCUCUGAUUGGGUGGAAAUCCUGGAGCCUCGUUCUCAGGAGCGCAUGUAUGUGAAUCUGGCCACAGGAGUGUGUGGCUGGGAGCCGCCCGUUAAUGCACCUAUCCGCCAGGCUGAUGGCAACCAGUGGUGGGAGCUCUUUGACCCCCAAAGUGGCAGGUUCUACUACUACAACUCCGCUGGCCGCAUGACCGUGUGGCACAGGCCGCAGGGUGCAGAUAUUGUCCCUCUGUCUCAGCUUCAGGCAAUGAAACGUAGCACAGAGUCUGAGCACAGGACUGAUGGGGGCACUAAGGAAAGGCCACAUGAGAAUCAUUCUAGAGGUAGUCAAGAUAGAUGCACCCCCCUGCCACCUAUUGAGCCCUACAGUAAAGAGCCUGAAUGUGAUGGCAAAGAGCCGAUAGAGCAAGAAAUAGAGAAUAGACAGAAGCCAGACAACCACAGCACAGACGGCAGCAAAGACACACUCAGGGAAGAGCAGAGAGACACAUCUCAGCAGUGGCAGCCCCCUCCUGUAUCUAAAGCAGCCAUGUUAGUAAAGGUCAGCAGCAUUGGCAGAAGCCAGACAAGAGGAACUAGUGGAGAAGCUUCCCUUCAUCCCUCACAGCAAAACCCACAGAGCAAAGCCAAUGGCCAAAGUUCUUGCACACUCAAUCCUGGCAGUGUCAAAUCGGUUUCAGGCUACAUGCUGUCACCACAGGCUUACAAAACCACACCGGUUGGAAAAAUAUCACCAGACACAAGGCAGGCCCACCACUUGAGGAAGGCAAGCAAUGGCAGCUUUUGCCUGGUGACCUGUGGGGACUCAUAUCCAGCAUCUCUUCGGUUACAGUCCAACACACCUAGGCCAGUAUCUCCCCAGUAUGGAGCAACUGCAUGCCCCUAUGAUGAUCCAUCAACUGACCGUCCCAUUUAUGAUGACCCUCCAGUAGAUAUGGAGGUAGAAGGGGCUUACCUACAGAAUGGUCCAUCCAGACACAAUCACAGCCUACAGAAAAUGACACUCCUCCAGUACCCAGCUCAAUCUCAUACUGGCUCCAGACACAAAAGGAACCCUUCUUCCUCUGACUACAGUCCUGCAGGCCUGGAGUGCAUCAAGCACAUGGUGAAUGUUGACCCCAAACAGGGGCUCCUGUCAGCCUCACCAGUCCCUUCUCCUAGCCCCUCUCCAACCUCUGCGCCAAAGUCCCUGCUUCUCCAAAUGAGUGGACCAACCAGCCUGGAAAAGAAGCAGUCGUUGAGGAUUCUAGAAGCAAGUGUGCUCAGAGCUAUGGAAGUGCACCACAGCAGGCAGGGCAGCCAAGGAUCUCAGGACUAUUCCACGCCACCACCUCCUGCUUUUAGUUACCAAGACUCAGGUUACUCAACCGAUCCGUCUCCUAGCUUGCGGAGGAAAAGCAGGAGGAGGAUGGGUGCCGGGGCUCAUGGGCGACCUGGGUCUGUAGGUAGCACUGGGGAACUCACAGCCUUAAAUGAGCGUCUGAUGGAAGAGAUGAGGGAGGUGGUUAGUCGCUCAAACACCAUGCGAGAGACCAAAGCUAGUCUGGACUCUGAGAUGUCGGAUGGCUUUUCCACACAGCACACACUCAGUGUGGGACUGUGCUCAUCCAGGGAGGAUAUUGCAUCUUCGAGCAGGUCACUGACCAGGACAGGUAACCACCCCAGUGAGGCUUUCACACUGCUGGAGAUUCCAGGACGGCAGAAACGGACAUAUGAAAAGGUGGACACGUUAGACAAGAGUGUUGCUUUGUCCUCUCCUGAGACAGCUGGACCCCCCUCACAGACGGGAACGCUAGAACCUAAGAUUCAGUUGGAUAGCAAAAAAGGUAUGGUGUAUAGCCGAGCAGGCUCACUUGGGACUCAUCGCCAUGCUGUCAGCGAUUCUAAUCUUCAGGGAGGUGACAGUGGGGGUUACCAGCCUUCCUACGCCACUCUCCGUCAGCCCCCACCCCCAGACACCAGCAUGGCAGACUGGGCCAGCAAACACCUGAACAUGCACACUCAGGGUCUGUUCCGCCGGCGAGUCUCCAUUGCCAACAUGCUAUCAUGGAAUCGCAGCUCUAUCAAGAAGCCUAUGUUGAUGACCAACGACCGCACUGUGCGCAAAGAAGCUUGCGAGAUGUUUAAACAUGUCCAGGCGUACAUGGGAGACCGACCCUCACGUCUGGACCGGCGCCAUGCCGCUCUCCUCAUUGUCACUAAGUGCUGGGGCAUGCAGGGUCUUAGGGAUGAGCUCUACGUCCAGCUUGUGAGGCAGACUACUGGCAACACCAGCCCACGCAGCCUGGCAGCAGGCUGGGAGCUCAUGGCGGUGUGCCUUGCAUUCUUCGCUCCUUCGCCCAAGUUCUGCUCCUACCUGGAAGGCUAUAUUCAGCGCCACACGGAGCCAACCAAUGACAAAAAAAUAACCAAAUUCAUACUGGAUCAGCAGGAUAUUAAGAAGAAGAACUCGAAGUCCAGGAAGAAGAGGAAGCAGAACACAGAAGAGGCGGAUGCUCUUCCCAUCAGCACAUAUGCUAAAUACUGCUACCGAAAGCUCCAGAAAGUGUCAGUCACUGGUGGGAAAAAGGGUCUCCGUAAACCCACCCUAGAAGAGGUGGAUCAUAGUCGGCAUGCCAUCAUGACCCCGUCUCUGUUCGGCAGCUCUCUAGAGGAAGUAAUGGAGCGGCAGUGUGAGCUCUUCCCAGACAGGAAGUUGCCGUGGGUGCAAGUGCAGCUGUCUCAGUAUGUGCUAGCUUUGAGUGGAGCACAAACUGAGGGGAUAUUCAGGGUCCCUGGUGACAUUGAUGAAGUUAAUGCACUGAAGCUACAGGUGGAUCAGUGGAGAAUCCCUGAAAAUUUGUCAGAUCCCAAUGUUCCUGCCUCUCUGAUAAAACUUUGGUACCGUGAGCUGGAGGAGCCUCUUAUCCCAAUGAGUUUCUACAAGCAGUGUGUCAGCAAAUGCAGUGACCCUGUGGCCGCAAUCAGUGUAGUGCAGUCUUUGCCUGAGCUCAACCGACUGGUGCUGUGCUACUUAAUCCACUUCCUACAGGUAUUUGCCCAACCUACAAAUGUGGCUGUCACAAAAAUGGAUGUGAACAACCUUGCUAUGGUAAUGGCUCCCAAUUGCCUUCGGUGUGAGUCGGACGACCCCCGUGUCAUAUUUGAGAACACCCGCAAGGAGAUGUCUUUCUUGCGCAUGCUCAUUGUACAUCUGGACACAAGCUUCAUAGAGGGCCUUGUUUAAAGUUUACUAACUUCUCAGUUCUUCUCACUGGCAGUACGUGGUUUCACAAUCAUCCUUCCAAGUCUAUGACAAAAGUAACCUGUUAAGGAUGAUUCUUAGUGGAAAUAUUGUCUCCAAUUUCACUGUUACAUUCUUCAGUUAUUUAAUUGAAAAGUUAACUGUGUGAUCUGUCCACAAGAGUGAAGUUCAAAUGUAUUGAUAGUUACAUGGCAACAUUUUCAGGCCUUCGUUCUGUGAAACAUGUUUAGUGCUUUGCAUGUUCAAGAAAUGCAUGACAAAUGCAAAUAGACUCAGUUACAAUAAUUAUAAAAUGGUAAUGGUUUACAAUGCAGUUAAAAGCAACUUGCAUGAAUGCAUUGCUUUGUGAGCACUCAAACGCAAUUUGCUUGUUUUGAAAGCAAGUCAUAGUGACAGGUUUUGAGAAACCCCUUAUAUUUUGUUUGUUCUCUGUCAGUAAUGAGUGUUUAUGUGUGUAUCUGGAUUUGAAAGAAAAGAUGAUCUGUUAUGUACAGGGAAAAUAUAUGAAAGAUAUAGUUGACUUUGGUUUGGUAAGGAUCUGAUUACUAAUGAUCGGUAAGCUGUAACUGUAGAAAUUACUGUAUGUUUUGUUAGACUGGGUGUGGCUUUCUCAAUAUUGUACACUAAAUAUAACAUUAUAUGCAGUAUUUUAAGCAGUGAAAGUUUUCUAUUUUAUUCUUUUAUUAAUUCUUUGAAAAAUUUUACAUUUUCAAAGCUGUGAGUAACUAUUUACACCCUGAUAAUCAGAAAAGGACAUUUUAGCUAAAUUGGCCAAAGUCAAGCUGGUACAGUUGAUGCCCCUGUUGGAAAUGAACAGCCUAGUAAAUACCAUAAUUAAAUAUAAUAUGUGGUCAUGAAAAUAUAUGCCAUUCUUUGAUACCUGUGAAAUAGCAUUUGAAGAGCUACAAUUAAAAAUCUGGGGGAAAAGUAAAUGCAUCAAAAAGACACAGGUACCCUUUUUGUAUAGACUGCUUAAUUAGUCAUGUUCAUGAUAAUUUCUAAUUCUAAAGUUCUUUGUGUCUUUUUGUAUGUAAAUAAAGCUUGUAAAUAGUGCAGCUUAUUUUACUGACUUCUAAAUGGAUUGAAGUGAUGUCAUUGCAAAUAGAUAAAAGCUAAACAUCUUGUAUUUAGUAUUCAUGUGCUAUAUGCUGAUUAUGUAUGAUCAAAAAAAAUUAUAUACAACCAUUGGACUGUGUAUGUUUUUUUUUGGUGUAAAAUGGAUGUCGAGAAAUAAGUAUAAAAAUAAAGA